CAUCAGUCAUUCCACGCCGAUGCAAGUGCCCCCCAAAACAAGGCAAAUGACGGUGUGUGCACCUCUCUGAGAGCUCCUUUUGUUCCUUACAGGGAGAUGACAGUGAUGUUUGUCCACAUGGAUCCCCACCAGCAGCACCUGAGGAUGGAGGCCUCCGGCCCCCCACGUUCCUGACAAUCCGCCCCUGGCUCAUGCAAAUGCGAGCAGAAGCCCAGGCUGCUAUGGAUGGAAUGAGACACUUCCAGGCUCCAGGCAGAUCUCGCUCAGUGGCUGAGCCUCGCCUCCUCUGUGAAGCAGCAGAGGUCGCUCUGCUUGGCUUAAAGCUACUUUUUGCAUCUUGGGCAGCUCAGUCCGAUCUCCUCUUCUUGAGUUUGUGGGAAAGGCUUUGCAUGUGGUAGGGAGGGGUGCUGGGUGAACUGGUGGUUGAGAAACCUCCCUCUCUCCCUCUCCUUCUCUCUCUCCCUCUGGUUUUCCCGUUGAUGGCCAUAUGAUCUGGCACCAGGAGCCUGGAGCUGCUACCCGGUCACCAGCUGAGUUCUCAAGUGGAGGAGAGAAAGGAAGGCAAAUAUAUAUACAUACAUAUUCAUGCAUGCACACACUCACACACUCACAAACACACUUGUUUUCCCCUAGCCAUCUCCAUCCCUAACGCAUCUCCUGCUCCUGCCGCCGCCGCCGUUCCCAACGAAGUGUGACUGAGCCAAAGAGUCUACUGUAAACUGAAGCAAGUCUCUCGUGGAGGGAAGAGACAAGAAGGAAAGCAGCGCAGCCGAGCAACGUGGGUUUGCCUUGCCAGUCAACAAGUGCCCCUUUUGGAAAGGGAGGCCGUCGAAGUGGAGCACCGCCAUCCUCCUCCCCUUCCUCACUCCAAGGACGCUAAGGUGGGGACUUCCGUCCGGGUGGUUCUCGACUCCAGAGAAACUUCCACCAUUACCUCCAAAAGCGAAGACGACUUCUUAACCCUGGCCGCCUCCAGGCUGAGCCGCAAGAAAAGGGUCAUCGGGGCCGCCAUCGGGGUGGCCAUGGUGCUGGUCCUCCUAGUGGCCAUCCCUUUGCUAGUCCACAGCUCCAAGACCACCUCGCACUACGAGAUGUUGGGCAGCUGCCGCAUGGUCUGCGACCCCUACACGCCCCAAACCCAUGGGGCGGCUUCGGCAGAGGCAAGCCAGGAGUUGGCCGUCAUCUCGCCGCCGCCACACGUGUCUGGAGGGAAAGGAGACCCGGGGAGGAAGGGCAAGUCGGGGAUUCGUGGGCCGCCGGGCCCUCCAGGGCCACCUGGGCCCAGAGGUCCAGCCGGGGAGCCAGGGAGGCCGGGCCCUCCAGGCCCGCCCGGCCCAGGGCCUGGGGGAUAUAUCCCAUCUUUCUACAGCCCUAAGAUUGCCUUUUAUGCAGGACUGCGGAAGCCGCACGAAGGGUACGAGAUCUUGCGCUUCGAUGACGUGGUGACCAAUGUGGGGAACUACUACGAGCCGUCCAGUGGCAAGUUCACCUGCCCUCUGCCCGGCAUCUAUUUCUUCACCUACCAUGUCCUGAUGCGGGGCGGGGACGGCACCAGCAUGUGGGCAGACCUGAUGAAGAACGGCCAGGUCCGGGCCAGUGCCAUAGCUCAGGAUGCUGACCAGAAUUACGAUUACGCCAGCAACAGCGUGAUUCUACACCUGGACGUGGGCGACGAAGUUUUCAUCAAGCUGGACGGAGGGAAGGUUCAUGGAGGCAACACCAACAAGUACAGCACCUUCUCUGGCUUCAUCAUCUACCCAGACUGAGCCCCGCCGGCUCCUGUUUCCCCGCCUCCUUUUUUUUGCCUACCCAAACCCUUUCCCCGCUCUGGGUCAGCUUUUGUUCCCCCUUGGCUUUACCAACUCCCUGGACCCAGAAGGUCCUUCCAGCAAGGUCCGGCCAAUAAGGACUGAAACAGAAACUUUGGGGGAGGAGGCCCUCCCCCUUGGGUUCAUACGACUGUGAAAAGGGGUGGGAGGAUUAAGGGAUUUUUGGUGCAUGGGGAAAUCCGGGAGGGGGUGGAUACAGGGGAGCAUAAUGUCAUGGUGGGUGGGCCCUGGUCAAUGGAAGCAAGGCCACGUCCAGGAUCGGAGGAUGAAGGGAAGGGCGACGGAUGGGGAACAAGGCCCAGACUUGCUGCAGAUUGGCUCUGUAAGUCCAUUUCCUUAGCAUCCCUUUAGAUGUAAGGUACAAAUAUUCGAAGAGGGGUGGUUUCAUUAGUGCAGUCCGGUCCCUUCAUCAGCUUUUCACAGGAAAUGUUUUAUUGAUUGCAUUUAUAUCUCACCCUUCUUCCAGUGAGCUCAGGACAGGCUUAUAUGAUUCUCCCUUCCCUCAUUUUGCCCUCACAACAACCUUGCGAGGGACUAGGCCCAGAGACAGUCCCACAGUCCACCCAGCGAGCUCCGUGGUCAAGUGGGAAUUUGAACUUGGGUUUCUCCUAUCUUGAUCCAAACACUCUAUUACACCCGCUGCUGACUCAAGAUGCCUCAUAUAUAUAUAUAUUAAUUGGUCAAUUAUGGAGGUGGGAUUCAUUAUCUGUAUAAAUCAUAAUGUAUCCAACAGGAAGGGGGGGAGAGAAUGGGGAGGUCUUCUGCGGGAACAGGGGGCAGUACAGUUGGGUUUAAUUUCCCCAUUCUCCAUAGCAGUGUUCCCCCAACAUGCCAGCAAGACCAUGAACAUAUACAGAGGGAGAUACAUCUUUUGCUCUGGUGACGUUGCAUGCCAGCAGCAAGAAAGGGUUAGGCUUUUUGUUUAAGCGUGUGUUGUGCAAGGUUCACUGUUUUAAGCCUGCUCCGUUUAAGAGACAGAACCAUCCGAAUAAAAUCUCCAGUCCCCUUCUAUAUCAAACAGGUGCCCUGGAGACUCUUGUACGAAUGGGGAAGGGGGUCGAGCCCCGAUUCCUCCUACCUUUGUACAUUAACCCACGGGUCUGUCUGGGCAGCUGCCAAUAGGACGAUCUUUUGUUGACCUGCAUGAAGAUAUAUAGGUAUUAUCCAUGUUUCAGACCUCAAGCUGGGACAAAUGGGGGGUCUCUGCACCUUUGUGUGUAAAUAUCUCACCGCAGCCACCCUGAACUGGGGACGACGGCGACUGCGGCAGUCUGUGUCAUCAUAAAACUUUGUGCUGCAAAUGAUGAUUCCCACAUGCCCACCGCAACAGUGCAGGGACAUGCUGAAAUGAUUGGGAGCAUGUCCCAGAGACAGUUCCUGGCUCAACAUUGCUACCAGAGGCUAUUAAGGGGUUUGAUGGGUGGCAGGGUGUGUUGUGUGCCAAAAGACCACCGCAGACACCCCCAGAUGCAUAAACCACUACAAGAUAGGUGACCAGAAUAUAUUGCAUUUUCCCAUUCAUGACCUGCCGUUGCAACACCUGUCACGUAAAACCAUGCCUCCCCGCAAGAUUGUACACCGCUAAAACAUGCAUUGUCGUAAUCAGAUUUUGAGUGUGUGCUAUUCACCCAGAAAAUUCACCCACACUCUCAAUAGUGCAGCAGCGCUGCAAGCAAAUUGCAGUGCCUGACUUCGCCCUGCUUUCAAAACUCUCUGGAUCGCGCUCCAAGUGCAUCGGUGUGAACACAACAGAUACCGUAUCAAACAGCCAUACGAUCUGACAGGGCCAACUCCGCCACACAUACGCAGAGUGAAGUGACCUGAUUCAUUUGGCACCAUGAAGGUCAGGGGUGCAGGGAGAUGGAUGCAAGAACGGGCGUCCAAAUUGUUUGUGGGAGAACACCACUGUUUUGACUCUCAGAGAGCUCUGCAACCUAACUUCCGCAGAGCUUAAUCUAUUAAAAAAUAAACAUCGCCACCAACCCAAAAUGAAUGCAACCACAUCUUUUCUCCAAAACAUGCCCACUUGUGCAUGCCUGAUCCCUCAGCUUGCACACAUGAUUUUAAAUAUUUUUUUUUAAUAUGGUGGAACCUCGGUUUUCAAAUGUAAUCUGUUCCUGAAGACUGUUCAACUUCCAAAACGUUCGAAAACCGAAGCAUGCAUUUCCGGAAGCAAUUACAUCCAGAAAACUCAAUAAGGAAACUGUGUAGCACGUUCGGCUUCCGAAAAGCAUUUGAAAACAGAAGCAUUUGCUUCUGGGUUUUCAGCGUUCGAAAGUCGAAACGUUCGACUUCCGAGACACUCGAAAACUGAGAUACCACUGUACAAAUUUACUACCUGCCCUUCUGAUGCCUACACACCAUUCAGGGUGGCAAUUCAAAUCAACCAUGAAAUUACGUUUAAAACACACACACACACACCCCACAUCUUUUCUCCAACACAUUCCCAUUUGUGCAUGCCUAAUCCCUCAACUUGCACACACACUUUUAAAUAUUUUUUUAAAAAUAUAAAUUUACUUCCUGAACUUCUGGUGCCCACGCAUCACUCAGGGUGGCAAUUCAAAUCAACCAUAAAAUAACAUUUCAAAACACACACACUAUAUAUAUAUAACAAAAGGAGAUAGAAGAUUAAAACAAAAAUCACUGCAUUAAAAUAUAUGCAUCCAAAUCAGACUUAAAGGUCUUGCCUUUCUCAUGCGUCCGGGUUCAGAUGAGGAAGGAAGACAGGCAGACAGAUGACACGAGCUCCCUCUGUAGGUUUGCCUAGCAACAGGUCCCAUCUCCUAAAGACAAAAGAAGAACCUUUCUAUUCUGCCCACCUUAUGUAGCUCUGCAAACUUCUUUUCCAUGUACAUGAACAUUUGCACAUGUAAUUGUGCUCGGGCAUUGAGAGGCGCACCAAUGCCUUUUGACCUCUUAUGUGUACAUGCAUUUGCUGGCCUGUACAUCUAUUGGGAUUGCCAAAUUAAGCUCUAGUCUCUGGCAUCCCCAGCUCUACCAUUAACAUCCACACGAAUGCCAGAAUGGAUGUAAGUUUACAUGUGCAAGGUUUGGAGCCAGGAGACAGAAAGAGAGAAGAAUUCUCAGAGCCAACGUCAGGUCAGGCCAGAAUCUUGUAUGUAUCAUUCAAAUUUCGUAUUCCUGAAAUAAAUAACCAGUGGCUUCUCCGAUAUUUUUCCAGCCCUAUUAAAUACGCAGAGGUGUGCCUGCAUGUAUUGGUGCUCACAGAUGCCUGCCAUCUCUGCACGCCAUUGUCUGCAUUUGUGUGUGUGUGCACAUUUGAAUUUGAGGGUGCACAGAUCUCAGUUGAAAGCUUGGGGUGAAACAGAGGAGAAUCUGUGAAACCGAGACCGUAUGUGAACCUCCACAAAUUGCACAACAAAACAUACACGUGGUAAAAGAAAGCAACAACCAUGUGCGCAAAUUUACUUGUGCACAACCGUGUACAUUAUUAUUUAUAGCACCUAAAAUGUAUAUAAAAUUAUAACUUACAAAUAUAUAUAUAUACACACACACAAACAUGUGAGUGCGCAUGUAUUAGUGCGCAAACAUGCCGUGCAUGAUUUAUCUGUACAUUUAUAUUACCGAAAUUCAUAUCCCCUCCUCAGCUAUUAAACCCCAUCCUGCUUCUGUCUCUCCCCCCCCCCCCCCGGCCGCCGCCUCUUUCAUUCCUCGUCCUUCCAGGGACAGAAAAAGAAAUCCUCAGCUUCUGUUGCUGGUGGCUGCAGGCCGGACCCCCGGUCUGCAGCCUUGCUAUUUUGCACAGUCCCCCCACUGCAUGUGUGCCCUUUCAUUAGCAAUUUUUCAAAUCCGUGGAGGGAUCUGGACAGUGCCUCGUACAUACUAUAGACAGAAACCUGCCAGAGAGGCCCCAGGGCAUGGCUGUGAACUCAGCAAUCGGGAUGGUUUUGCUGCCAGGAAGGUGAAUGCCUCUGGGACCACUCAACUCUGUGUCUUUAAAUGAUCAGAAUCUGUGUUUUAUCUGUUAAUAAAGAUACUCUGGUUUUUGACGCA